AUGACACUCCUCCAAUUUUUACGACAAGCCCGCCAAGUUCACCUCCAGUUCCUCUCGGGUGCCCUCCCCGAGCCUCCAAUCUAUGUAAUCGGCAAUCCCUCUGCCGAUCUUGACUCCAUCGUCUCGGCGAUCAUCUACUCCUACUGUGCGAACAACCGGCUCCCAAUCAAAAGCCCGCGACCCCACAUCCCACUCUUAAACUUGCCCAAUUUUCCCGCAGGGACAGAGUUGUAUCGGCUAAGACCGGAAUUCUCGGCUGCGCUAUGGUCAUCAACAAACUUCCCCGCCCUGAAAAGUGAAGAGCAAUUCGAGAACACCCUACAGUCUGCAGGUAGUUUCCUACGCCAGCAUGUUAUGACCGUCGCAGACUUCGCGCAGUCUCUCCAAGACCAGCAUGUGUGGAAACAGAUACUCGCCGAUGCAACGCUGGUAGACUGGAACGCAUUCUCGCGCUGCUCGGCCGAUAAGGGUUCGGGAUCCCUGACCGGGUUGCCGGGUGUCUCCUUCCGGACUGUUGGGUGUAUCGACCACCACGUCGACGAGAAUUUCAUGCCCAGCGUGGACGAAAUACCAGAAGGUCAGCCGAUGAUUAUUCAGCCGGGACCCGGGUCAUGUGCAUCACUCAUCACGCGAGAGUUGCAACAGCGAAAACUAUGGGACACAACCCCGGAGAUGCUGCAGGUUGCGAAGCUUGCUCUUUCCGCAGUGCUGAUUGAUACCUCAAACCUCACUGCGGAAGGCAAAGUGACUGAUGUAGAUCGUAUGGCUGUUGAACUCCUGCAAUAUCAAAUUGAGGGAGAAUCACAAGCUGCGGCGAAUGCCAAAGGCGAUUGGGAGAUAGAGGCGUUCUACAAGAGCAUCCUACAUGCUAAGCAAAACAGCCUUGAUCUUCUUUCUUUGGAUGAAAUUUUGGACCGAGAUUACAAAGACUGGACUGAGACGUCACAGUCCUCGGGCAAGACCGUGAAAACGGGCUUCUGCUCUGUCGUCAAGCCCAUGCGAUGGAUUGUACAGAAGGCGGGUGGCCCGGAGAAGUUCCUUGAUGAUGUUCGCUUGUUUGCGGCUUCUGCCGAGAAAGAGUUAGAUGUUCUUGUUAUCAUGACAGCGUUCACUGGCACUAACGACAAGUUUUGUCGCGAACUAUUCGUCAGAGUGACGGGUGACAAUGAAUCAGCCGCCAAGGGCGUCAAGAGGUUUGUUGCGCAAUCUUCUCACCAUCUUGGGCUUAUAGAAUGGUCUCCGCUCGAUUGGGAGGAGAUUCCUGAGCUGACUGGAGAUUGCCUUUCUACAUUAAACGAGGAAUUCCCCCUCUGGAGGAGACUUUGGGUACAAACCAACGCGGCCGGGAGUAGGAAGCAGGUUGCGCCGUUGUUGCGGGGAGCGAUAGCUAAAUUAUAA